AUGAACUCCAUCGAUUCUUUAGAUAUCAGUCUCAAUCGAACUCUGUUACUCACAAUUGGUUUAUGGCCUUAUCAGCAAUCUAAACUUGUUCGCGUACAACUAAUUGUAUUUUUUGGUAUUUUGACGACAUUUAUUUUAUUUCAGUUUACAAUAUUUCUGACUUCAAAAUGUACUUUGGAUCUUCUCAUUAAUGUCCUUUCUUCUACAUUAUUUUACAUUGUACUUAUAAUUAAAUAUGGUUCAUUUAGCAUGAACGUUAAAGUCAUAAAAGAUUUGCUGGAGCAAAUCCAAUAUAUCUGCAAUGAAUUAUCUAACGAUGAAAUUGAUAUUAUGAAAAGAUAUGGUUGCAACGUAAAACGUUACACAAUUACAUUGCUACUACUUGUCAUAUUCGUAACAUGCGUUUUCAUUUUGUACCCAUUUUGGCCGCUUCUAUCGGAUAUUCUGUUCCCCAUAAAUGAGACUCGAUCUCAUCUAUCGUUGUUGUUUAUAACUGAAUACUUUGUCGACAAAUAUUACUAUUUAAUUGUGAUACACGCAAACGCAGCUACUUUCAUAGGAACAGUAGCAAUGUUAGCAACAGGAACAAUACUCAUAGCUUAUCAACUACUGGCAUGCGGAAUGUUUCGAAUUGCCAGUUAUCGUUUUGAACAAGCGAUGACAAUUGAUACGCUACAUAAAAACAGUUUGGAGAAGAAAAUUUUGAUUUAUAAAGGAUUAAUUUGUGGCGUUGAUAUGCAUCGUAAAGCUAUGAAAAUUUCGAAUCUGUCAGUAUCCAGAUUUAAAGUAAUGUUCUUUCUCAUGGUAAUCGCUGGUGUAAUGUGUACGGCUAUCAACUAUUUUUUGAUUUUUCAGAUGGUUUCGUUUGAAUUUAAUAUUAAGAAAUUUUUGUUGCCUGUGAUAUUCGCACUUACCCACACUUUAUACUUGUUUAUUGGUGGUCAGAUUGGGCAACAAAUUAUAGAUCAUAAUAAUGAUGUAUUUGACACCGUAUACAAUAUUCGAUGGUACAUUGCUCCUCUACAAAUUCAGAAGAUGAUAUUGUUUCUCUUGCAAAGAGGCAGCAUGAUUUUUAGUUUAAAUAUUGCUGGAUUAAUUGUUGGAUCUUUUGAAGGUGUCGCUACAUUGAUGAGUACUAUAUUGUCGUAUUUUACCGUUCUUUAUUCUACGCAAAAUAAAUGA